AUGGCGCUUCUCCGGGGCGUGUGGGGCGUGCUGAGUGCUCUGGGCAAGUCCGGAGCAGAGCUGUGCGCGGGCUGUGGAAAUCGACUGUGCUUUCCGUUCAGUUUUAUGUGCGUACCGAGAUGGUUUUCAUCCACAUUGAGUGGUUAUCCAAAGAAGCCUUUGAGCUCAUACCUUCGAUUCUCUACAGAACAGUUACCCAUAUUUAAAGCUCAGAACCCAGAAGCGAGAAAUUCAGAACUAAUUAAGAAAAUUGCCCAGAUAUGGAGGGAACUUCCUGAUUCAGAGAAAAAAACGUAUGAAGACGCUUACAGGGCAGACUGGCAGGCAUACAGAGAAGAGAUAAAAAGAAUUCAAGAACAGCUAACUCCAAGUCAGAUCAUAUGUAUGGAAAAAGAAAUCCAGCAAAAACGUUUAAAAAGGAAAGCAUUAAUAAAAAAGAGAGAAUUAACAAUGCUUGGAAAACCAAAAAGACCGCGCUCAGCUUACAACAUUUUUAUAUCUGAAAGUUUCCAAGAAGCUAAGGAUGCUUCAUCACAGGCAAAACUGAAGACUGUAAAUGAAAACUGGAAAAAUCUGUCUAGUUCUCAAAAGCAAGUAUAUAUUCAGCUUGCUAAAGAUGAUAAAAUUCGUUAUGAUAAUGAAAUGAAAUCCUGGGAAGCACAGAUGAUUGAAGUUGGAAGAAAUGAUCUUAUACGUCGCAAAACAAAGCACCGAACAAAAGAUGGCACUGCGGAAUGUUAA